AGCGGAUUGGGCAAAACUAAUAUCACGCGAACGCAGGUGACAGACAAAAUGACGACGGACGUCACACAGCAGCCAGCCCUCGAAGCCGAGCUCGCAGCCCUCAAGCUCGCGUACGCGCAGCUCGAGGCCAAGUCGGCGCAGCUCGAAGCCGAGAACGCGCAGCUAAAGGACGCCCUCGCACGCAGCGAGAAGGACGACAAGCCACAGCUCGACUCGCUCACGGACGAGCCCGACCUUACGCCGGCGUCGCACCUGAGCACUGCGCUGGGCCGCCUCAAGACCGCCGUGGCGUCCAAGGCGCCGACGGCUUUUCGCCGCUACGAGUCGCCGGUUGAGGGCGCGCCGACCGAGACGACGUCAGCACGGCGGUCAGACCCAGGCAGCACCGACACGACGCCGCGAACAUCCUUGCUCGGGUACGCCGUAGCAUCCAUCAAAGGUCGCAUUGGUCGCCCGGGCGCGGCGAGAAGCGGCAGCGUCGACGCAGCCGACGCGUCGUCGGACGACCCGACGUUGCCCAAAGGCUGGGAGGCCAAGGUGAGCCGCUCCAACGACAAGACGUACUACAUCAACCGGUCGCUCAAGAUCACGCAAUGGGAGCACCCGAGCACGAUGGUGGUCAUGCCGGCGACAGGAACGAAAUCCACGGACGAAACAAACCUCGACUACAAGAGCUGCGACAGCCCGGCAGAAACCGAGCCCGCGGACGAGUGGCCGCCGCUCGCGCCCGGCUGGCUCGUCAAGGUGAGUCGCAGCGGCGGCCGCACGUAUUACGUCAACCCUGAGCUCAAGCUCACGACUUGGGAGCGACCGACGGCGUCGGCUUCGUAAGCGGCGGUCGAUGGCGCUGCUCGCCCUCGUUCGCCUGUGCAAAGCCCGGUGCUGCAUGGGUACCUGGUUCAAUGUGAAUGUCAAUGCAGUUUUACGCGGAAUACUACCUCAUUUUUACCGCAAAAAACUCGAUAUGUGAAUGU